GGUAUCCAGGAUGCAUGGUGUAGUUUAAUCAUGCAGGUCCUGAUGUCGUGUCAUCAUCAGGAGGUAGAUGGGGCUGUGAUGUCAGGCCAGGGUGGACCCCAUCCCCUAUAUAUAGGGCAGGGCUGCAGCAGGCAACACACAGAGAUCCAGCACCAUGGAGAGCUCCAGGAUGCACCUCCUCAGCCUGCUGAGUUCCACCUUCCUGGUCCUACUGCUUGGAGCAAAAGGAGAGGAAUCUGACUACCUGGAGACCCGAGCCCUGGACUUCUAUUCUCCUCUAGAGAACACCAUCCAGGAGAAGGAGCUGAUUGAUGCAUUGCAAGAAGUACUGGAAAAACUAAAGAGUAAAAGGCUUCCCUCCUAUGAGAAAAAAUAUGGCCAGGUACCCAUGUGUGAUGCUGGAGAACAAUGCGCUGUCAGGAAAGGAUCCAGAAUCGGAAAACUCUGUGACUGUCCUCGACGAACAUCCUGCAACACAUUCCUGUUGAAAUGCUUAUAAGCAGAAGAAUGAAAAAGGACCAAAAUGGAUUUUAGUUUGAUUUUGAUCAUGAAAGAAAAUAUUUUUCCUCAAAGGUUUUUUUUUUUCCAUUGAUUGUAUUAUUCUUGUGUUUGCCAUGGCUAGGUAACUGCUAUUGUGUUGGUCUUCAAGAGUCCUAACUCAGAGCUGGUUAAUGGUUUGCCUGAGGGUGAUAGGAGUUGUAAUCCGACAGACGUUCAGGGCACUGAAGCUGUCAUUCUGUUUUUUUCUUCAUUGCUUGGCUAUGUAGACUUGUAGACUGAACAAGGAAACAGAUAUCAUACUGGCUGUUAUUGCACUACAACUCCUAUCACCCUUGACCUGUAAGCAAAUCUCAAAGCAGAGAUGUAACUAGAAACCACCAAGCCCUCAUACAAAAAUUCACCCCUGGGCCCCCAAACUUCAACAGCGAGUCUGUGCCUUCUUUUCCCCCUCCUCGUUCCAACACAAAACAUAUGUAAACACACAAAUUACACACUUACUCAUACUAACACACACUCCAUCUCACCCCACUUACACAUCCAUGCUCACACACACAAAAGUACACAGCCAUGCUCACACAUACACACAAUUACACAUCCAUGCUCACACAUGCACACAAGUACACAUCCAUGCUCACACAUGCACACAAGUACACAUCCAUGCUCUCACGCAAGUACACAUCCAUGCUCACAUCCAUCCAUACAUAUAUAUAUAUAUGUAUAUAUA